AUGUGUUAUUUGAUGAUGCAUGCUCCAAUCUACGGUUACAACACUGUCGUUCCUGAGCCACUUAAUGCUAUAGAGCAAUUACCAAUUCGUACAAAUUUAAAUCUGCCUGAAGGUGUUUAUCGUCAAUCAACAACUGCAAAUGAAUAUUUCCGUUCCAACAGAAUGCCCACCCAGGUUGCUGGUCCUGUCUGUAAUUCGUCUAUACGUAUUUCGUUUUUAAAAAUUCCCAAGUUAAAUUAUGUGGAAGAAGCUUUACCUUCAACUUCAAAUAAAUAUACGUCAAAUACUAAUUCAUUUGACCAUCAUCAUUCCCCUAUUAUUGAGACAUCAAAUUAUAUAGAGCGAAUUUGUCUAAAUAUUGGAAGAGAGAUUUACGUUUUUGAUUACAGUGGGGCAAAUGGCAUGACUGACACUGCAAAAAUAGUCGACAAACGUGUUUACAAAGGCACAUUUCCUACAUGUCACGCUUUUAAUAAAGAAAAUUCUUCCCAAUCUUCCUGUUUGUUGCUAAUUGGAUUUUCUGCUGGCCAAAUCCAAUUGAUUGAUCCACAGCAGAAGGAAAUGCCCAAUUCAAAACUUUUUAAUGAAGAGAGACAAAUAGAUCGAACAGCGGUUACUUGUUUACGUUGGGUUCCUGAUGGAUGUUCCUUUUUUGUAGCCUCACAUGCAAGUGGCAAUCUUUACUUAUACAAUGAUGAGCUUGACUCUUCCACAAUAGCUCCAACCUACCAAGUUCUCAAACAAGGUGAUUGUUUUACUGUCUUUACUUGCAAGUCAAAAGUUAGCCGAAAUCCUGUUCACAGAUGGCAAAUUGGCACUGGGGCAAUUAAUUCUUUUGCAUUUUCUGGUUCUACUUCCAAUUUUAUUGCAACUGUUAGCCAAGACGGGUUUUUACGUAUUUUUAAUUGGCGAACAAUGGAGCUUAUUGGAUGUAUGCGUUCCUAUUUUGGGGGUCUUUUAUGUCUGGCAUGGAGUCCAGACUUGCGGUAUAUUGCUACGGGUGGAGAAGAUGACCUUGUUUCGCUUUACUCUGUUACUGAAAAUCGGGUUGUUUGCCGAGGACAAGGUCAUAAAUCUUGGAUCUCUGACAUCGAAUUUGAUUAUUAUGCCUCUACCAAUUCUCUUCCACAAAAUAACACUGUUUACAAUGAGUCAACGAUUGAUGAAAUUUUGUUGUCUUCUACUGCAAAUACUUCUUUAAUGGUUCAUACCGCUAGUUGUUCAUCUUCCAUUCCAAACCACUCAGUUUUUGAUGAUAAUCAGGAAGGAGAAAUUAAUUCACAAUUACGAAUUAUUUAUCGGAUAGGUUCUGUUGGCCAUGAUUGUCAGCUUUGCCUUUGGGAUAUUUCUGAUGAUAUUCUUCUUUCAAGUAGCUGUUAUAGCAGGAAUUCUCGUAAUUUACAAGAUAUCCAAACGGAACUUUCUUCACCUGUUGGAGCGUUAUCUCCAGGAAUUUCUCCAAUAGAAAUAAAUCAAGUUAAUAAUACAACUCUUAUUCCCAUUGGUUUUGAUAAUUCUAUUGCACUUCCUAAAGAGAACGGUUUAAAAUCUGAUAAAUUAAAAAAUGGAGGUGGUGGUCGAUUUAGACGUUUACACAAGCGAGGUUUAAGUAUUGGCUCACGUUUAACUGGAAAUAGUGAAAAAAAUAAUCGCCAAAAUGGAAUUUCUUCAAGUGGAGCUCAUUCUGUUGACGGAACACUUAAACGUAAUGAUUGCCCUUCAUUUGCUGCUAAACUUUUUGGAACACCCCAAUGUCCAAGAAUUGAAGAAAUACCAAUUAUAGAGCCAAUUCUUUGCAAAAAAGUUUCAAAUGGUCGAUUGGGUUCUUUACAUUUUAGAGAGGAUUGUAUUGUUACUACCUGUCAAGAGGAUUAUAUUUGUAUUUGGAUAAGGCCUAAUUCUCAACAUAAUCAACAAGAAGACAAACAUUCAUCGACAAUUAACACGAAUCAUCAUCAACAACAAAAUCAUUUAAUGGCCAUAGAUUGUUCAAAUGAUUGUCAACGGCUCUCAUCUGAUAAUUUUGCCAGUACCUGUGUGUGACUUUUUAAUUAAUUAAAAAACAAGAGAGAAUUAAUUAAAUAUAAAUUGAUAAACUAUUUGAAAUAUAUAAUUAAAAAUUCGGGUAUUUACCCCUUUCCUUCCACGAGUUUUUGAUAGGUUUUCUUGGAUAUCACGAGCCCACUCUCUACCGCAGGGCUAUGACGUGAGGUAAAAUUUUCGAAUCUCACAGUUCUUUUCAGCUUUUAUAUACGAGGACUUUUUGUUCGUUUCUUUUACUCAAUUUUUAGCCCUGUGUCGGAGUGGGCUCGUGGCGGACUGGCCUGUUUCCGUUUUUUCUUUAGCCAUUAAAAAUAUAUAUAAAAUUAUUGACUAAUAUAUUUGUUAUAAAAAUUAAAUUUUUGUCAAAAACAAAAUAUUAUUUUGUUUUAAUUGAUAAUCUAAUAUUGAAGAUUGCCAAUAAAAUAUUCAAA